AUGCACAAAACCCAGCGAUCAACAGUACAAUUUAGUGCCUUGAAACACCUUUCACAGGGAAUUUGUAAUUUUUCUUUUUUUCUUUCUGGCUCGAUUCAUUCAAUUUCUCUCCCAUUCGUUUUUCGGUUCUCCGUUUUUCCUAAUUUUGGGUUUUCAUUACGUCUUUCUUAUUUCCUAGCAGCUGAAGGACGUCAGUACUUUCUCACGGGUGCCAAUAGUCGAUAUUUGCGCCAAAGCAAAAGUGCGGAUAAGUCUGGUAAACAUUUUCCUUAUCGCUUCACAAUUAUUUUUUUUUAUUCUUUCUUUCUUUCUUUCUUUCUUUCUUUCUUUCUUUCUUUCUUUCUUUCUUUUGUUACAUCAUUGAAAUAUGCUUUCGUUUUUGUAAGUUUCUGUUUUUUUUAUGAAUCCAUUUAUCAUUCUUUCUUUCUUUCUUUCUUUCUUUCUUUCUUUCUUUCUUUCUUUCUUUCUUUCUUUGAUAUUUUUCUUACGCCAUUUUUUUUUUUCAUUGCCUUUUUCUUUCUCCUGCUACUACCGCUUUUGGUUUCUCCAUCUUUUUUUAUCAUUCUAAGUUUUCCUCCCCUCUUUCUUUCAUUCAUUCUUUCUUUCAUUUUUCUUUCUGUUAUGUUUUCUCUCUUCAUGGCUCUUUUCAUCUCUCCAUUCCCCUUUUCUCUCUUCCUUUCUUUCUUUCUUUUCCUUUCUUUCUUUCUUUUCCUUUCUUUCUUUCUUUCUUUUUUUUUUUCUUUCUGUUACAAAUUUCUUGGAAAACAUUCUUGA